AUGCCACGAUAUUUACUCUAUUUUGCUCAUGAACUGAUCGAUUUUCGUCUGGCUGAAUUAUUCAGUUUGGCUGAAAUGUUCGGUUUUCGUGAGAGUAUGACUAUUGAAAGAAAACCAGAUCAGGAUCCAUUUUUAUUAUGCACGUUUUCUAAUGUUGAUCAUCUCAAACUAUAUUCAUCUCGAUCGGUUUUGCUUAAAUCUGCUUAUGAAUAUUGGACACACGAACCAUCAUUGAUAGAUGUUGUUGAUAAAUUGAUCUUAAAUUCUGAUUUACGUCCUAAAUUGAAUGAAACAUGGCGUAUACUUGUUCAUGCAUUUCGUAGACAAUUCACACAAUCAGAUAAAAUUCAACGAAUUGAUGCAUUCAGUGAUCGUUUAAAUAUCAAAAAUAAAUUUUGUUUAAAUAAUAAAGCAGAUUGUACUGUAGGACUUUUCGAAAGUUAUGAAGAGGGACGAUUAGAACAACCAAAAGAAGUUUUUGUUGGUAGAUGGGUAUGUGAUGGCGCACGUCAUUUAAUUGAUAAAUAUGACGUUCGAAAACGUUAUUUUAUUGGUGAGUAA